AUGGCGAAGAUCCUGCUUCUGGCCGGGGAUUUCGUGGAGGUUCUGGAGGUGUUCGUACCGUUCCAGGCCCUCCAGGCCUUCGGGUUCCAGGUCGACGCCGUAACCCCGGGCAAGAAAAGGGGAGACACCGUUCGCACCGCCGUGCAUGACUUCGAGGGGGAUCAAACGUACACCGAGAAGCGCGGCCACAACUUUACACUGAACUUCGAUUUCGACGAGGCCCUCACCAGGCUUGACACCUACGAUGGCCUGGUCAUCCCCGGUGGGAGAGCUCCGGAAUACCUGCGCCUCAACCCCCAGGUCCUGCAGAUCGUGCGCCACUUCUUCGAGCGCGACGCCCCUGUGGCGGCCAUCUGCCACGGCAUCCAGAUCCUGAGCGCUGCUGGGGUGCUGAAGGGUCGCACCUCCACUGCCUACCCCGCCGUGGCCCCAGAGGUCCGGCUGGCGGGGGGCGAGUUCAGUGAGGUGGAGGCCACGGAGGUGGUCGUCCAGGGCAACCUCAUCACGUCCCCUGCCUGGCCCGGGCACCCCAAGUGGCUGGCUGCCUUUGUCAAGGCGCUGGGCUACAACGUGAGCAAGGCGUGA